CAGCCGCUUUGCAGCCCCUGCUGUUGGCGGCCCCUGCGUUCGCUGGGCGUUGAAGGCUGGGGGAUGCGGGGGGUGACGACAGCACCGCUCGUGGCAGCAGGUCGCAGAAAGCUGGUGCUCGGCCCCGCGCCUGGGAUAAAAGACAGCAAAUACAAGCUUGAUUGCGGCCCCAGUAUGUGCAAAAGGGCCGGGUGAACGCCAGCGCCUUGGUGAAAAACCGCGGUAAUAACGUUUUCGCUCUCUUCCCUGCGUGGCGGUUGCAGGGCGGGCUGCCGCGCUGUGAGUUGCCACGUGUCCAGCAAGCGGUGCUGCCGCUCGGGUCAACGACGUGGGUCCGCCGCUGGAUUUCCGCGCUGGGCGAACGCCCCGAGGCGAUCGGAGCUCCCGGCGGCAGCCAUGCGGACGGCGCUGGUCCUGGCGUGCCUCGUGGGGGUGGCCUGCGCCUUCUCGGUCAAGAGCUGGCUGCGGCGGGCCGCGGCGGACGACUCGGAGGAGAACGCGGUGUUGAAGAGCAGGCAUCGGUACUAUCUUUACAGAUACGCGUACGCCUACCCGCCCCAGAGGAGGUAUCGGGGCAGUGACUCAUCAGAAGAAGAAGGGGACGGCUCGGAGGAGGAGGAGGAGGAGGACGAGGGGGUCCCGGCCCACGAGGGCCAGGGGGCAGCUGGCAACGGGGCCGGCACCGACGCUGCCGCCGGAGCCGGAGGAGACACCGGCACGCCGCAGAAGGGCCAGGACUGCAAAGGCCUGGCGGGAGCCGGCACGGGCGGAGGCACGGGCUCUGACAGCGAGGACAGCGAGGAGGAGGAGGAGGAGGAGGAGGAGGAGGAGGAGGAGGAGGUGGAGGAGAACGGGCAGGGUGUUAACGGCACGAGCACCAACACCACGGCGGGAGAAGAAGGGGCUGGCGGCAACGGCACCACCGCGGCUGAGCAAAGCAACGGCGCGGCUGGCGAGGAGGAGGAGGAGGAGGAAGACGAUGGGGAGGAAGAAGAGGAGGAAGAGGAAGAGCCCGAAGCGACAACCGCCGUCAGCACCACCGGCGACGAGGGGCUUUACGCCACGACCACGCCGGGGGACGCGGGCGAGCGGGACGCCACCACGGCGGCCGGGGACCAGUGGGAGUACGAGGUGACGGUCGGCGGCGCCGAGAGCCACCCCGACGACUACAGCUACGGCCGCGGCGGCGGGGACGCCCGCGGGGACAGCUACCGGGCCUACGAGGACGAGUACGGCUACUACAAGGGCCACGGCUACGACGCGUACGGCCAAGAUUACUACUACAGCCAGUGAGGGGGCAGCCCGCGGCGGCCCCCCCGUCCCCGUCCCUGUCCCCGGCGCUACCCCUCCGCCCGCCCGCGCCCCCCUCUCCGCCGGGACAAAGCCCCCGGCAGCCGCUCCGGCACCCUGCUCCGGGCGGGGGCUCGGGCUGGAGACCCCCCCAAGCCCGGUCCCUUCCCUCCGCGGCGCCACGCGCCGGGUGGGGGGGGCUGUCGGUUUUCCAGCCCGUCCGGAGAGCUACCGCGUGCCGGAGGGGGCUGCCGGAGGGGUUUCGUCGGGCACCGUCUCUCGUCUGGUUUUAUAGCUCACGACUCAAAUCGAAAUAAAGCAACUGAACCGAA